GUGCAGCUUAAGAUAAGUGAGUCGGGAGUGAUGAGUGUGUGUGGGCAGGACACUACAGUAGAGGGUGUCAUCAACUCAUUACAGACAGAAGCAUGUGAACUCUUAUCAAAGAUUGAAAGUGGGUCUCUGGGUGAGGACUUCCCAGUGAAAGAUGUGGUCAGAGACCAGAAGUCCUCUAGUGAUUCUAGUGCUGAGAAUAAAAAGAUGAAAUUGAAGGAAGCUCAGAGAGCAGGGGAGGAGAAGGGUCCAGUGAGUAAUGAGAAUGUGAAUGUUGACUGUGCAAGAGAGGCAGGAGAAAAGAGAAUAUCCCCAAGCCAAGAAGGUGUGCCUGAUUUCAAUCAAAAAGGCUUGAGUGGGGUCAACAAAGAUACAAAGGAAGCAAGAUCUUGUGACAAGUCAAGAAUAGAUGGCAAUGCAGAGGUGGGGCCAAAGGUGAAGCUUGCAACUGAGACUAGGGAGAAGGCAUCAGACAGGAGGUCCUCAGAUGUCAGAAGAUCUGUUGAGCAGCAGCAACCAAACAGUGUGAAGGAAAACAGUGGGAAUGGCAAGGAUGGUCGCUCAAGCCACAUACCAGCCAGCCUGACAGCUGCAAGUCUAGCCAACCUCAACAAACCACACUUGAAGGCAGGGACUUCAAAGGCUCAGACAGAGGAAGACACCAAAACCAAGGAGAAACCAAGUAACAAUGGCCUCAACACCAAGAGGGAGGGCAAGCAGGAGUCAGCAGCCAAGGCCCCAGUUGGAGGCUGUCGGAAGUCGUCACAGCCAUAUGGCUAUAAGACACUCAAGACGCCGCCCAAGAGCUGGAACCCAACUAUUUCCAGAGAGCUCUUGGUGGCUGGAAAAUCUGCCAUCAACAAGGGUAACCAUGAAGCCCCACGUACAAACAAGUUCUUCAAGGUCCGCAAUGCUCCUCGCUUCCUGGGCAAUCCUAAUACUGGAGUCAGACCUUUGUACUCUGGAACCAAUGAUAGUAACAGCUGUAUGAAGCGCACCCUUAUGUCCAAACUGGAUCCCAAAGUUACAGGCCCCAUGACAGUGACAGCAAACAGUGAUGUGAAUUUGACAAGCUAUACGUCGGUAACCUCAGGCACCACUUCCUGCGUGUCUUCCGUUCAGUCACUGGCCUCUUUACCAGCCCAGGUAACUGCAAGUCCAGGAGGUGCGCUCAUGGUCACAGCAACCACCAGCCAGGUGACAUCAUGUGCUUCACAGAGCAACAGUUGUACAACAGCAGUGGGAAGCCAAAUUGGAGGUUCUGAGGCAGACAACACUGUGGUCACCAGUACCAAAGCUUCCUCUACCUUGCCUGCGUCGAUUGCAAGUGGGACAAAGGAAAGUACAAAUCAAAGUUCAAAAGUCUGUUUUAAUACUAAUAGUUUGGCAGAAAAUAAGUCUGAGAGUAAGGCUACCCAUCACAACAGUGGUAAGACUGUCACUAACAACAAAUCCCCAAGCAACGUCAAUAAUUCAGCAAACAAAACUGAGAAGAAGGCUCAGCAGAUUUCACACAGUAACAACUCCAAGUCAGAAGUUAGUGGGGAGAGUGGAACCUCAAAGGUGGACGUGAAGGUCAAUUCGAGCAGUGCAGUCAUACCAACACGGACCACAAUUACACACCCUGCCUCUAAUACUCCUGUUAUGAUGCAGCAAAAAACUGGGGCUUCAACCAGCAUAACCACAUGUAUCACGCAGGUAAAACCAGCUACUGUCAACUCUUUGACAAUUUCCAAUACAGUCCACCAGCCUCAGCAGCAUCUAACCAUGGCAGCACCAGCAGUUGGGGUUGGCAUUAUCCCCUCCUGUGGAGUGACCUUCCCAGCAGCCAUUGGCAACUUGCCCUUGCCUUGCCACACCAGCUCUUCCAUCAGUUAUCCAACAUAUCCAUACAUCUACCAAGGCGCAGAACCCAUCAGUCUUAUUCCACCUCAUCCCUCUGCUUCUUUCAUACCAACAUUCCCCACCUGCCUCCCGCAUCGGCCAGCGCUGGGCUCAAGGGGUAUAGGAGGAGCCAAAAUCAUGCCAGAGUUGUCCCUGCAACAGAGCCUUCUGCCAGUGCUGCCUUUGGUGUCACAGGUGUCCCCCCAAACGCUCUCACCUCGUCCCAUGACUCCACCUUCCCCCAGGACACCCACUUCAUCUCAGUCUCCCAGGCCAUAUCCAGCCCAAUCUCCUAGACAGUCUAGUACCAAUCAGUCCAGACCUGUCACACCACAGUCCCCAAAACAGUGCCAGAUGGGGAAGGCAGAAAUGCAGCCUGGAAAAAACAGUGGAACACCUUCAAUGGCUGGGACACAAUCAUCAAAGAUCGGGAAUACUCCUGUUCAAGUCACACAGCCUCUCUGGCCGGGCAGUUGUCCUAAACAGGUGACUGGGCCUGGCCAGGUGUUUGCAUCAACUCAGCCAAGCCCUCAGUCCCCUGGUCCUCCUCCUACCAGCUUUGCCACCAUGAACACGUCACUCAGACUGAACGCUUCUGUACAAACAUCCAGCUCUCAUACCUUAAUCACUCCAAAGACUCAGUGGAGCUCUGUUAAUUCUUCUAAACCUGUCGUGCCUCAGUCCUCAAAAGCUCUGAUGAUCAGUCUGCCAGGACUAUCUAAUACCCAUGGAGCGCAGACGACCAUAUCAGAUACAAACCGACCACAUACUCCACAGUCCCCGAAGUCCCCUCGACCCCAAACCCCCCAGUCUCCAAGGCUCUCAAGUUCUGCUCAGUGCACAGUGCCACAGGGAGUAGCUAAGCUAACCAGUGCUGUUGAAUCCCCCAGACCUCAUACCCCUCACUCCAGGUGUUUACCUAACCUGCCACGCUCACCCUCACAAGCUAAGAAUGGUGGGAACAAGGAAAAGGCUCACCUUGCUGAAGGGCAACCAGGUAACAAGAGGAGUGAAGGCAUUGCUAAUGAGACUGCAGUAAGUUCUAGCCCAAACCCUCCUGUGAUAACACCAUCCAUUACCCUUGCUCCGGCUGGGACUACCGUGACAUCAGGAGCAGUGACUCCCUCUUUAGCUAAUUCAUUAGGAAACAAAUUCAUCCUCCCUCAAGGAGCACAAAUGGCACUCCCUCUCCCAACAAGUUUUGCAUCUCUGUACCUAGAGAGUGUCACAAAUGCUCUACCAGUCUCACUGGCCAGUCCAGGAAUAUCUGCAGACUUGUCAGGAGUGACCCUGUCUCCGUCAUGUAAUACGUCCCUCUAUAUUCCCUCAAGUAACAUUUCUAGUACGAUGCCAUUCAUACCAUUUAGUAAUUCAGCCCAGUUCCCCAUACCUACAUGUGCCACAGUCUCUGUCUCUCAGCCCUUCUGUCCAACAAACACUACAGUAUCCCCCAAUUUACACUUGUUGAACACAAAAAUGCCUGCAGUUCCCAUUAAUAAUACACAGCCUUCAAAACCAAGUGGGUCAAGCAGAGUCUCAGCAAACAGUUUAGCAAACAUUUCAUCAGCUAUUCCAGUGCAGAGUGUUGGUAAUUUGGUUGAUACAAUUCCCGCUAAUAGUUCAGUGAUGGGUACAUCCCCCACAACUUCGGGGGCAUAUCUACCAUUACCAUGCAGCACUGUGUCAAGCCCUUUUGCUGUGCCCAGGAUAGAAUCCACGACUUCCAUAGCAGGCACUGCUUCUACUGCAGCCAUGUCCUCAAGCACUUCAGAUGCAGUUAUUACAUCUAGCUCGGCACAAGUUGUCACAGUCCCUUCUGUAGUACCUGCUAGUGUAACUGCAUCUGCUAGUACUUCUGCUGCCAUAACUCAGCCCUCUAACAAUACAUCCACUGUAACUUUGCCUACAAAUACUGCAGCUUCUGGAACGGUGCACACAAACAGCACAGUGAGUGGACCUUUACCUACUGCUACUCAGUCUCUUGCUCUCUCAGCGAGAACAGCAACUAACAUAGCUUCGGCUAGUAUUGCAGCUACAAUUACAGGAAGUAUGCCUACAAGUGCCAGGGUGACUAAAGCACAGUCUUCAACCCCUUUAGUCAUGGGAAUCCAGGCAAGAAGCCCAGCCUCAGUUGAGCAAUUGCCUACCAGUUCUGCAGCUUCUCUAACUCUGCCUACAGGCACUAAUACAGCUGAAAAUGUUUCUUCUAACAUUACAACCAAUGCAAAUGGAUGCAGCAGUAUGUCUGUAGCAACAAAAAGUACAGCAGCUACUAUAUCAUGUACUCCAGCUACUCGAGCAUUACAGUCAUAUAGCCCAGCUACUGGAAGUCAGUCUACAAGCACCGUGUCUGUUGCAACUGUUCCUGCACACACACCUGGAGCUGAUAUUUCCAGGAGUCUAGCAGGAGAAACCUUGCUUAGAAAUAAUCCAGAGAUUGUUACAAAGCCCAUGGACCUCCCCCCUGUUGUUGCCACAACUGCAUGUGGUCUGUCCACUUCAGUAUAUAGCACAGCUGUUGUAAGUGGACCCCAAAGUAGUGAAUGUUUUAACCUGUGCGGUACAGUAGCCGACGGGAACAAUGUGGUGAGUGUGAAGGAGAAAGGUGGCAGUGAGCCACAACUAAGUGCCUGUACCUCCGUCUGUGAUGUGACGCAUGUGAUUGAUGCCAAACAACCGUGUGCUGAACAAGGUCUCAGCAGCAGUGGUGGCCCAAGGCCAUGCCUCAAGAGUUAAUGUUGCACAGUUAUGGGCAGCAAUAUUGUUGGACGCCACAGAUUUAUAGGCUUAUAUAAUGCUAUGGUGUACCUUACCUGCCAUUUAUUUUGUAAAUUAUAGAUUCACAAAUAGUUAUCCUUA